AUGGCCUCCUGUGACGACGAUUUUUCCCUUCUCGACGACCACCAAAACCCUGAUUCCACCCAACCUUCCGCCACCAUCCAAACGCCGCCGUUUAGUGUCAAUCCUUACGACCAAGACUCCGAUCCGUUCGAUUCCGAACCGGAUCCGAGCUCCCGAUCCGGUAAACGAGCUGCCGAGCGCGAUGAAAUCAGCAACGGUGUUUCGAAAAGGACAAGACUACACUCCGCCUCCUCUUCCGCUGGUGACUACAGGAAGGACAGAGAAGAAUGGAGUGACACGGCCAUCGCGUGCUUGUUGGAGGCGUAUACUGAUAAGUUUGUGCAGUUGAAUAGGGGAAAUUUGAGGGGAAGGGACUGGGAGGAGGUGGCGGCGACGGUUAGCGAGAGAUGCGAUAAGCAGAGCAAGAGCGUGGAGCAGUGUAAGAACAAGGUGGAUAAUUUGAAAAAGCGAUACAAAUUGGAGAGGCAUCGGUUGAGCAACGGCGGCUUACCGGCGAGUCACUGGCCGUGGUUCCAGCAGAUGGAGCAAAUUGUUGGGAACAGUAUUGCGGCUAAAGCUGCUGCAGAUGAGGAAAAGAACUCCGUCAGUGGUGGAUCCUCCAUUUGUACUAGGCAGCCAAAGAGACAUGCAACGGCAUCUGCAACUGCAACUGCAAGUCCCGCUGGUCAGAUUAUGACGCUGAAGUCGAAACCAUCUGCUAAUCUUAGGUGGCGAAGAGUAGUGUUCAAAAUAAGUGGCGCUGCUCUAGCUGGAACUUCAAAUAAUAUAGAUCCAAAGGUAGCCAUGCUGGUUGCAAGAGAAAUUUCAAUAGCUUGUCGAUACGGUGUUGAGGUUGCUGUUGUCGUUGGUGGCCGUAAUUUCUUUUGUGGAGACACAUGGGUUACUUCAACAGGGUUGGAUAGGUGUACUGCAUAUCAAAUUGGAAUGAUGGCAACCGUGAUGAACUCCAUACUGCUGCAGUCGGCUUUGGAGAAAAUGGGCGUGCAGACACGCUUGCAGAGUGCAUUCUCUAUGCCAGAGGUUGCUGAACCAUAUAGUAGACAACGAGCCAUCCGGCAUCUUGAAAAAGGAAGAGUGGUGAUAUUUGGUGGUAUUGGAGCUGGGACAGGAAGUCCACUCUUUUCUACUGAUACAGCUGCAGCUCUUAGAGCAUCAGAAAUUCAUGCUGAUGCUGUGAUGAAAGGAACAAACAUAGAUGGUCUUUUUGUUUGCGACCCUAGAAAUAACAAUAUUGCGGCAGAGCACAUUUCCUUCCGGGACUUGGCUUCUAGAGGUCCAUCUCCAAUGGACAUGAUGGCUAUGACAUACUGCGAGGAGAACGGGAUUCCAGUUGUCAUUUUCAAUCUUCAUGAGCCUGGGAAUAUCUCAAGGGCAUUAUGUGGAGAACAGGUCGGCAUCCUGAUUGAUCAAACAGGGCCUAUUAGUUAG